AUGCACACCCACGUGCCAUUCCUGAAGGGAGCAGAAGGUUCCUUUGCCUGUGUGAGCAGAGCCCAGAGCAGCUCCCCCACCACAAUGGAGCCAAGAGAGUCAGCGUCCGAGAACCAGUGUCACCCCCCUGCCCUCCCAGCAGACCCAGUGGGCCCAGACAUCCAGAGCAUCACAGGCGUCUACGUGGAGGCUUCUGCCAGGACCAUGGGGCUCUACGAAGCCCUGCAAGAGCAUUUCCUCCAGCCGGACCUCGCCCUGGCUCUGCUGGAGGCGCAGGCGGCCACGGGUGGCAUCAUCGACUGGAGGAGCAAGCGGCUGCUGUCUGUGGCAGAGGCCCUGAGGAUGGAGCUGGUGGGGCUUGAGAUGAAGGAAAGGCUCUUGUCUGCUGAGCGAGCAAGAACGGGCUUUGUAGACCCCUACACAGAGGAGACGGUCUCUCUCUACCAAGCCAUCCAAAAAGAGCUCAUUGGGAAGGAACAAGGCUUGAGCCUCCUAGGUGCCCAGAUAGCCACAGGAGGCAUCAUCGAGCCCACCACCGGCCGCCGUGUUUCUCUCCGGGAAGCAUGUGAGCUCGGCUACCUGGGGGAGGAACUGAGCAGCUUCCUUUGUGAUCCAGGCAAUGAGGCAGCCAAGGGCUUCUGGGACCCAAACAGCAGCCAGAAGGUCACUUACAGGGAACUUAGGAGAAGGUGCAUCGCAGAUCCAGCCAGUGGCUUGCUCCUGUUGCCCCUGAAAAUAUCUUUCCCCGGACUGAGAGGCAGGGUGUGCAGCCAUGAACUGCUGGAUUCUGGAAUAAUUGAUUCUGCCCUCUUCAAAGCCCUCCACAAUGGGGAGAUCACGGCACAGGAAGUUGCAGAAAUGGACUCUGUUCAGCGGUUCCUCUCAGGGACAGGCAGCAUUGCGGGUGUGGCUGUGCUGGAGGCCAACGCCUGCAGGAGCAUCUACCAGGCUUUGACAGAGCAUCUCCUUGUGCCGGGCACAGCGCUGACCCUCCUGCAGGCUCAAGCAGCAACAGGCUGCUUGACUGACCCUGUCAAGAAUGAGAAGUUCACUGCGGACACAGCCGUGCAGGCAGGAGUUGUGGGACCAGAACUCCACGAAAAACUGUCUGCAGCCGAGAGAGCGGUCACAGGAUACAAAGACCCCUACAGUGGGGAGACGGUUUCUCUGUUCCAAGCCUUCCAGAAGGGUCUUGUGCCCAGGGAUCCUGCCAUCUUCCUGCUUGAUGCCCAGCUUGCCACUGGUGGCAUCGUGGACCCACACACGCAUCACCGGCUUCCUGUGGAGGUGGCCUGCCAACGGGGCCUUCUGGACAGAGACACGCAUGCCCUCCUCUGCAGUCCCACUGACGGCACCCGCGGCUUCUUUGAGCCCAACUCCAAGGAGACCUUGUCUUAUGCAGAGCUGCUACUGAGAUGUGUUACUGACCCAGAGACGGAACUCUACCUCCUACCUCUUUCUGGAGACCCCCGUGGGGCACAUUCCUUCAUUGACCACGGCACACGGGUUGCUCUCGAGAACACAGAAGUGCCGGUGGUCUGUGGCAAAUUCAAGGGGAAACAGAUGUCACUCUGGAAGCUCCUUUUCUCAGACUACUUCACGGGAAAGCAGAGGCGGUCCCUCAUCCAGCAGUUCCGCUCUGGGGGGCUCUCCACUCAGGAACUGGCUGACGUCAUCUGCGACAAUAUCCGGCAAGGGGCUGCCCAUUCUGCAGUCACGUUUGAAGGCCUCAGGGAAAAGGUGACCCCUGCCCAGCUGCUGAGUUCCAAAAUCAUCAACCAAGAUUUGUUUGAGAAGCUAACCCAGGGGGAAGCAUCGGCCAAAGACGUUGUUGGCAUGGGCACAGUUAGAAAGUACUUGGAAGGGACGGGCAGCAUUAGUGGCUUAAUCCUGCCUGACUCUGAGGAGAGAAUCGGCAUCUACCAAGCCAAAAGAAAGGGCUUCCUGCGGCCAGGAACUUCCCUCAUCCUCCUUGAGGCACAGGCUGCAACGGGAUACCUCAUUGACCCUGCCGCCAACAAAAAGUACUCCGUGGAUGAGGCCCUGCGUGCAAAUCUCAUUGGCCCAGAGGUAUACGACAAGCUCCUAGCUGCUGAGAAAGCCGUCACUGGCUACACAGACCCAUACACCGGCCACAAGAUCUCCCUCUUCCAGGCCAUGAUGAAGGACCUCAUUGUGAAGGAGCACGCCAUCCGUCUCCUGGAGGCUCAGAUUGCCACCGGAGGCAUCAUUGACCCAGUCAACAGCCACCGCCUCCCCGUGGAAGCCGCCUACCAGAGGGGCUACUUUGACAAGAAGAUGAACCUGAUCCUCUCAGACCCCAGCGACGACACCAAGGGCUUCUUUGACCCAAACACACACGAGAACCUGACCUACCUCCAGCUGAAGGAGAAGUGCGUCACAGAAAGCUCCACGGGCCUCUGCCUCCUCCCCCUGAACAGCAGGAAGCGCCAGUUCAUCGAUGAUGCCACCAAGCAGGCCUUUCGGAGCUCCUGGCUCCUUGUGAAAUACGGGCGCUUCCGAGGGCAAAGGGUAUCUGUCUGGGAUCUGCUGAACUCAGAGUACUUCAGUGAGGGUAAGAGGCGGGAAAUGUUCAGUCACUACCACCUGCGCAAGGUCACCCUCGAGCAAAUCAAGCUCAUGCUGCAGGAGGAGAUGAAGAAGUGGGCCCGCAUCACAUUCCCAGCCAUGAGGGGCCACGUCACGGCCUACCACUUGAUGGAAUCCGGUAUCCUUGGCCGGGACCUCUUUGAAAGGCUGCUGGAGGGAGCCUUGAGCCCAGAGGAGGUCCUGCGCAUGGAUUCAGUCCGGAAAUACCUCUAUGGCACGGGCAGCAUUGGGGGGAUUGUUCUGCAGCCCUCCAAGGAGAAAGUGGGCCUCUACGAAGCCAUGAAGAGAAACAUUGUGCUGCCAGGGGUGGUCUUACCUUUGCUUGAAGCACAGGCAGCCACUGGGUUCCUCCUUGACCCGGUGAGCAGCCAGAAGGUCUGCCUGGAUGAAGCCGUGAAGGGUGGCCUCGUCGGCCCAGAGCUCUACGACAAGCUACAGCGUGCAGAAGCUGCUGUCACUGGCUACAAAGACCCCUUCACCGGUGAGAAGGUCUCACUCUUCCAAGCCAUGAAAAAGGGCCUUGUUCCGGACAAAGAGGCCAUAAGGCUCCUGGAUGCCCAGCUGUCCACUGGGGGAGUAAUAGACCCUCACAGGGCCCACUAUGUCCCUGUAGAAUUUGCCCAGAAAAGAGGCUAUUUGGAUGAGAGCCUCACCAGCAGACUGUCCCACCCAAACAGUGACACCAAAACGUUCUGCAGUCCUGACAGCAAAGAGAACGUGACUUACAGCCAGCUGAUAGAUCGGUGUCAACAGGAUGAAGGCUCCGGUUUCCGCUUGCUGCCUCUGUCCGAAACCGCCUCUCUGGUCUGCACAGAUGAGCAAAUGGAACGCCUGUUCCGGGAGACCCUGGUGGAAGAAAAAGGGCUGAGUCUCUGGGAGCUCCUGCACUCUGGCUACUUCACUGAAGAGCAGAGAAGGGAUUUCUUUGAGAAGUUCAGGUCGGAGGCAAUUUCGCUCCAGCAGUUGAUCCACCUUGUUUUGAGGCUCAUUAAGGAAAUGGAAAUGAAGGCUCAAGCCCAGGUCACCUUCCAGGGCUUGAGAGGAACAGUGCCGGCUGUCUGGCUCUUGGAUAACGGCAUCCUUUCGGAAAAGGUCUUCACAGAGCUGGUGCAGGGCAGGAAGAGACCCGAACAAGUGGCCGAGAUGGAGAGCGUGAAGCAAUAUCUGCAGGGCACUGGGAGCAUCGUGGGAGUUUUCCUUCCAGCCUCCAAAGAGAAAAUGAGCAUCUACCAAGCCAUGCAGAAAAACCUGCUCAUGCCGGGCAUGGGGGCAAGGCUUCUGGAAGCGCAGGCGGCAACAGGGUCCCUUGUGGACCUGGGGUCAAACCAGAGGCUUGGUGUAGAGGAGGCCACCAGGACUGGUGUGGUGGGCAAAGAGCUGACCGAACAGCUGCUCCAGGCUGAGAGAGCACUGACAGGCUACAGAGACCCUUACUCAGGAAGGCUGAUCUCGGUGUGCCAGGCCAUCAGGAAAGAGCUGGUUCCUGCCGCGGCUGGCAUCCCUUUGCUGGAAGCUCAGCUGGCCUCUGGAGGGGUCAUUGAUCCAAUCCACCACCAUCACCUUCCUCUCCAUUCCGCCUACAAGCACGGUUUCUAUGACGAAGACAUGCACAGGUGUCUUUCUCAGCCCACGGAGGACUCCUGCGUCUUCUUUGACCCCAACACACAGGACAGCCUGACUUAUCAGCAGCUGAAGGAGAGAUGCAUCCGAGAUCCACUGACCGGGCUGUUGCUACUUCCUCUCUCAGAAGAUGCUGCUUUUUAUGGGGACACACAAAUUAUGGAGGUGCUGAAAUCAGAAACCGUUUGCGUCAGCGCUGGGCGGUUUAAAGGGCGAGUGGUUUCUCUCUGGGAUCUACUCAACUCUGAGUACAUCUCCAAGAGCAAGCGGAGAGAGCUGCUGAUGACCUACAAAGAGGGGGCUGCUGAGGCCCUUCAAGAAAUCAUCACAGCCAUCACCACGGCCAUUGGAGAGACUGAAAUGCAAGGCAAGAGGUUCACCUUCAGGGGGUUGCGCAAGCAGGUGUCGGCCAGCGACCUCUUCCAGGCAGAGCUCAUAGACAAGGGAACUCUGGAUGAGCUUCACCAGGGAAAGAAAACUGUCCAGGAGGUCACUGAGAUGGACUCAGUCAGGAGGUUCCUGGAGGGCUGCAACUUCAUCGCUGGAGUCCUUCUGCAGCCGACUUGUGAGAAGAUGAGCAUCUACCAGGCCAUGAGGCAGGGUCUCCUGAGGCCAGGAAUGGCCCUUGUGCUGCUUGAGGCACAGGCUGCCACUGGGUUUCUCAUUGACCCCGUGAAGAACAAGAAACUGUCUGUAGACGAAGGGAUGGCCACAGGGCUGAUUGGAAGAGAAAUCUACGAGAAGCUGCUGAGUGCAGAAAGAGCAGUGACUGGAUACACGCACCCCUACACGAAAGGACAGAUCUCUCUCUUUGAGGCCAUGAACGAAGAGCUCAUUGUGCGAAGCCAUGGCAUCCGCCUGCUGGAGGCCCAGAUCGCCACUGGGGGCAUCAUCGACCCUGUGCACAGUCACCGGAUCCCUGUAGAGGUAGCUUACAAGCGAGGCUACUUUGACGAAAAGAUGAACCAAGUCCUUUCAGACCCCACUGAUGAUACCAAAGGUUUUUUUGACCCUAACACACACGAGAACCUCACUUACCUCCAGCUACUAGAACGAUGCGUUCAGGAUGCAGAGACUGGGCUGUAUAUGUUGCAAAUAGUGAGAAGGGGGGAAAGGUACUUCUAUAUCGAUGAGACAACGAAACAGUUCUUACAAACACAGUUGAUCCAGAUGCACGUAGGGAAGUACAAAGGCCAGGCUGUCUCCAUCUGGGACCUCCUCUGCUCCCCAUACAUUCAAGAGCAGAGAAGGAAAGACCUGGUGAGGCAGUACAAGUGUGAAAUGCUGACAUUAGAACGUCUCAUCAGCAUCAUCACCACAGCCAUUGAGGAAACAGAACACAGGACUCAGAAGCUGAAGGUGAAGGGCCUCAGAGGGGAGGUAUCAGCUGCAGAGCUCUUCAACGCAGACAUAAUUGACAAGAAAACGUUAGAUGGGCUGCAUCAAGGGGCUCAUGCUCUCAACCAGCUUAUCCAGAAGGACUCCGUAAAACGAUACCUGGAAGGGACUGGCUGCAUAGCAGGGGUUUCUGUGGCAUCCAAGAAGAUGACUAUCUAUGAAGCUGUGAAGAUGGGACUUCUCUCCCCAGAGAAUGGUCUUGUCUUACUAGAGGCCCAGGCAGCAACUGGCUUCAUCACCGACCCACUGAAGAAGAAAACAUUCUCUGUUGACCAAGCUGUCUCGGCUAGAGUUGUAGGUGAUGAAAUUCACGAAAAGCUUGUUUUUGCAGAGAAAGCUGUUACUGGGUACACUGACCCUGCCACAGGGAACAAACUUUCACUCUUCCAAGCUAUGAAGAAGAGCAUUGUUGAGAGAGCCUAUGCUCUCAGGCUGCUGGAAGCCCAGCUUGCCACUGGGGGCAUCAUGGACCCUAAAUCUGGCCACCGUGUCCCUGUGGAGGUAGCUUACAAACGUGGCUGUUUGGAUGAAGACACCCUCGUCCUACUUUCUGAUCCAGAAUAUGGCAUCAAAGGAUUUGUGGAUCCCAACACACACAAAAGGAUUACAUAUGCUCAUCUCCUUCAGAGAUGUGCCAAAGACAAAGACACAGGGUUGCACCUCCUACAGCUGCUCAACAAAAGUGAAUAUUUCUAUGUAGACGACACAACAAAAAAUAUUCUGUCAUCCACCAAAGUGAAUGUAAAGCUUGGGAAAUAUGCAGGGCAGACUCUCUCUGUAUGGGAACUUCUUUGUUCAGAUUAUAUCAAUGAAGAAAAGAGAAAAGAGUUGAUAAAAAAAUACAAGCAGGGAUCCUCUGUUAUUCUUCAACACAUCACAAAUGAAAUCCUGGACAUCAUAGACGAAAAAGAGAGAAACAGAAGGGAUAUAUGGUUCCAGGGCCUUCGACAACAAGUUACAGCUUCAGAAUUAUUCAAAGCUGACAUAAUAAGUCAGGACACAAUAAAGAAGCUGGAGGAGGGAAGACAGACUGUCCAAGAAGUGGCCAACAUGGAUUCAGUCAGGAGAUACCUGGAAGGCACCAGCUGCAUUGCCGGAGUGCUUGUGCCAUCCAAGAAAGACCCUUCCAAGAUGCAGCAGAUGACCAUCUACGAGGCCAUGUGGAAGGGCAUUCUCAGGCCAGGCACUGCCCUCGUGCUGCUGGAGGCACAGGCUGCCACCGGCUUCAUCGUUGACCCGCUGAAGAACGAGAGGCUCUCUGUCGAUGAUGCGAUCUCUACCGGAUUAGUGGGUGGAGAAAUACAUAGCAAGCUCCUUGCAGCAGAAAAAGCUGUGACUGGAUACACAGACCCAUACACAGGGAAAAGAAUUUCACUUUUCCAGGCAAUGAAAAAAGACCUUAUAAUCAAAGAACAUGGAAUCCGCUUGCUGGAAGCCCAGAUUGCCACAGGAGGGAUCAUUGACCCAGUCAACAGCCAUCGCAUUCCUAUUGAAGUGGCUUAUAAACGGGGCUACUUUGAUGAGCAUAUGAACCAGGUUCUCUCAGAUCCUACAGAUGACACCAAAGGUUUCUUUGAUCCCAACACUCAUGAGAACCUCACGUAUAUGCAGCUGCUUAAAAGAUGCACUUGUGAUCCUGACACAGGACUCUUUAUGCUUCAGAUAAACAACAAAGGAUUUGGAGUCUUUGAUUCAGAGGAGAACAUUAGGAAGACUUUGAAGUCUACAAAAGUAAAAGUCAGUUUGGGGCAAUUUCAAGACCAGAAUGUCUCUCUCUGGGACAUUCUCUACUCUACAUACAUCUCACAAUACAAAAGACAACAACUUUUAGAAGAGUAUAAAAAUGGGAAAAUAAUGUUAAAGGAAAUUACCACCAUACUUAAAUCAAUUCUAGAAGAGAUUGAACUACGUGGCAGUUAUCAUAUUCAAAAUAUGUCAAACCUGAAUGAAGAAGAAAAAAUAUCAAAUAAGGAAUAUAACAAUACACUACAGAACAAUGAGGACUGGAAAACCACUCUGCAGAGGGCUACAAUGACUGUGAAAGAAGAAGGUCUUCCAGACAAAAGACUCUCAGUAUGGGAUACUGUCUUUUCUAUGACCAUCCCAGAACACAAAAGAGAAGAACUGCUAAGCAAUUACAGGAAAGGCAAGCUAACCAUGGAGAAGCUCAAAGAAAUCCUUGCUUCCCUCCAUGCUGAGACCACCAGCAGAGUGGCCAUAUGUCCCAGUGCCCCAGACCCCCAUCGUCCAGCCAUGGCAUCUUUUGCAGAAGAGGAGGAUGCUGCUGCAGCAGAAGAGAACGGAAGAGAAAUGGCCUUGAAGACCCGUAUGGUUGAAAUACGUGUUGGUGAGUUCCGUGGUCAGAAAGUCUCCAUAUGGGAUCUGCUCCAUUCCAAGUACAUCCCUGAAGAGAAGAGGAAAGAGAUCCUGCAUUUGUACAAGACUGGCAUUCUCACCAUUGACCAGAUGGAAACCGUGGUCACUGGCAUCGUGAACGGAACAGAGGAGGAGAAAAUGAAGGAAGCAGCUUCUCCCACAGCUGCAUCGUCAUCCUGGGAAGACCCCUUACGGAAUCACACCGUGGUCUUGCAUGUCAGUGAAUUCCAAGGCCAGGAAGCCUCCCUGUGGGAUCUCAUCUUCUCUCAGUCCAUUCCUGACAGCAAAAGAGAGGAGCUCUUGACAAAGUACCGGUCAGGACUUCUGGACAUUCCUGACAUGAUUGCCACACUCAUCCCCAUUCUCACAGGGAGAGAGGGAAGCCACAUCCAAGAUGCAGGAAGCAGUCUGGCCAGCAGGAAACUGUUGCAGGAAGGCAGAACUGCCCUUCCUAUGAACGAUCAGGAGCUGGAACAGGCAUUACGAAUGAUGACCACGGACGUCCCUGUGGGUGAAUUCCAAUGCUACAAGUGUUCCAUCUGGGAGCUUCUCUUCUCCAAAUAUGUGACUGUGGAGCAACGUCAAGAGCUCCUGCAGAGGUAUCGAGUUGGCGCUAUCAGUGCUGAGGAACUCGUCCAAUUAAUCAUUGCCCUGAUUGAAGAAACAGAAGAGAGGAGCAACACGUUGAAGUUCCCAGGCCUCAGGAGAGAAGUAACUGCCUCAGAGCUCUUCAACUCCCAAAUCAUUGAUCAGGACACACUGUCUGAUCUCACGCGGGGAGCCAAGUCCGUGGUGGAGAUCACAGAGAUGGAUUCGGUGAAGAGGUACCUGGAAGGCACCAGCUGCAUUGCCGGAGUGCUUGUGCCAUCCAAGAAAGACCCUUCCAAGAUGCAGCAGAUGACCAUCUACGAGGCCAUGUGGAAGGGCAUUCUCAGGCCAGGCACUGCCCUCGUGCUGCUGGAGGCACAGGCCGCCACCGGUUUCAUCGUUGACCCGCUGAAGAACGAGAAGCUCUCUGUCGACGAUGCCGUCUCUGCAGGACUGGUGGGUGCCGAGCUACAAGAGAAGCUUCUCUCCGCGGAGAAGGCCGUGACCGGGUACAACGACCCCUACACAGGGAACAAAAUCUCCCUUUUCCAGGCUAUGAACAAAGGCCUCAUAGUCAAAGACCACGGCAUCCGCCUGCUGGAGGCCCAGAUUGCCACAGGGGGCAUCAUCGACCCCGUGCACAGCCACCGCCUCCCCGUGGAGAUGGCGUACAAACGGGGCUACUUUGAUGAGGAAAUGAACCAGAUCCUCUCAGACCCAACGGAUGACACCAAGGGCUUCUUCGAUCCCAACACUCAUGAAAACCUCACGUACAUGCAGCUUCGACUCAGAUGCAUCCCUGAUCCGGAUACCGGUUUGCUGAUGCUCCACUUGAUGGAAAAGGGCUCCUUGUUCUUUGCUCUAAAUGACAACACACGGAAGUCUUUGCAGUCUGCGAAGACCACGCUUGACGUGGGGAUGUUCCAGGGCCAGCAAGUCUCCGUCUGGGACCUUCUCUUCUCGGGAUACAUCCCCCCGAACAAGAGACAGGAACUACUAAGGCAGUACAAAGCUGGCACUAUCACUAUCCAGGACAUCAUCCAGAUCCUCACUGCUAUCGUCACUGAGACCGAGGAAAGGAACACCAGAAAUACCCAGUCCCGCAAACAACCUCCCAGUCCACCCCAAAGAGAAGCACUCUGUCCUGAUGCUGCUCAUCCAAGCCAAGAGGAAACCUGGGAAAAGACCCUGAAGAACACAGUCAUCACCUUGCCUGCAGGUGAUCAUCAAGGUCAGCAAGUUUCUGUGUGGGAUCUCCUCUUCUCCUGUUACAUCACCGAAGAAAAGAGGACAGAACUGCUGGAGUUGUAUAGGAGAGGGAUGCUACCGAUGGACCGGCUGAUAAGUAUCCUCACCACCCUUGUCGUGAAAAAAGAAUCCACAAAGAGGAAACUUGACAUCAAAGUGAGAAGCCCAGCCCAAGAGAGCGCAGCAGACAAGGAAGACGACAUUUCCUCACCCUCAGGAACAGGAAACUGGGAAACUUCCUUGCAGUCUCAUCACAUCCAGGUGCCCCUUGGGGAGUUGCAACACCAGCAGCUAUCACUGUGGGAUGCCCUUUACUCCCGGUUCAUCCCAGAUAACAAAAGAGAAGAGCUACUGAGCGACUUCAGGAAAGGCAAGCUAACCCUAGAGAUACUCACAGAAAUCUUUGCUUCCCUCUAUGCUGCGACCACCACCAGAAUGGCUAUAUGUCCAAGUGCCUCAGACCCCCAUCAUCCAGCCAUGGCAUCUUUUGCAGAAGAGGAGGAUGCUGCUGCAGCAGAAGAGGACGAAAGAGAAACGGCCUUGAAGACCCGUAUGGUUGAAAUACGUGUUGGUGAGUUCCGUGGUCAGAAAGUCUCCAUAUGGGAUCUGCUCCAUUCCAAGUACAUCCCUGAAGAGAAGAGGAAAGAGAUCCUGCAUCUGUACAAGACUGGCAUUCUCACCAUUGACCAGAUGGAAACCGUGGUCGCCGGCAUCGUGAACGGAACAGAGGAGGAGAAAAUGAAGGAAGCAGCUUCUCCCUCAGCUGCUCCAUCGUCAUUCUGGGAAGACCCCUUACGGAAUCACACUGUGGUCCUGCAUGUCGGUGAAUUCCAAGGCCAGGAAGCCUCCCUGUGGGAUCUCCUCUUCUCUCAGUACAUUCCUGACAGCAAAAGAGAGGAGCUCUUGAAAAAGUACCAGUCAGGACUUCUGGAAAUUCCUGAUAUGAUUGCCACACUCAUUCCCAUUCUCACAGGGAGAGAGGGAAGCCACAACCAAGAUGCAGGAAGCGGUCUGGCCAGCGAGACAAAACUGUCGCAGGCAGGUGGAACUGCCCUUCCUCCUAUGCAAGAUCAGGAGCUGGAACAGGCAUUACGAAUGAUGAUGACGGACGUCCCUGUGGGUGAAUUCCAAGGCUACAAGUGUUCCAUCUGGGAGCUUCUCUUCUCCAAAUAUGUGACUGUAGAGCAACGUCAAGAGCUCCUGCAGAGGUAUCGAGUUGGCGCUAUCAGUGCUGAGGAACUCGUCCAAUUAAUCAUUGCCCUGAUUGAAGAAACAGAAGAGAGGAUCAACACGUUGAAGUUCCCAGGCCUCAGGAGAGAAGUAACUGCCUCAGAGCUCUUCAACUCCCAAAUCAUUGAUCAGGACACACUGUCUGAUCUCACGCGGGGAGCCAAGUCCGUGGUGGAGAUCACAGAGAUGGAUUCGGUGAAGAGGUACCUGGAAGGCACCAGCUGCAUUGCCGGAGUGCUUGUGCCAUCCAAGAAAGACCCUUCCAAGAUGCAACAGAUGACCAUCUACGAGGCCAUGUGGAAGGGCAUUCUCAGGCCAGGCACUGCCCUCGUGCUGCUGGAGGCACAGGCCGCCACCGGUUUCAUCGUUGACCCGCUGAAGAACGAGAAGCUCUCUGUCGACGAUGCCGUCUCUGCAGGACUGGUGGGUGCCGAGCUACAAGAGAAGCUUCUCUCCGCGGAGAAGGCCGUGACUGGGUACAACGACCCCUACACAGGGAACAAAAUCUCCCUUUUCCAGGCUAUGAACAAAGGCCUCAUAGUCAAAGACCACGGCAUCCGCCUGCUGGAGGCCCAGAUUGCCACAGGCGGCAUCAUCGACCCCGUGCACAGCCACCGCCUCCCCGUGGAGAUGGCGUACAAACGGGGCUACUUUGAUGAGGAAAUGAACCAGAUCCUCUCAGACCCAACGGAUGACACCAAGGGCUUCUUCGAUCCCAACACUCAUGAAAACCUCACGUACAUGCAGCUUCGACUCAGAUGCAUCCCUGAUCCGGAUACCGGUUUGCUGAUGCUCCACUUGAUGGAAAAGGGCUCCUUGUUCUUUGCUCUAAAUGACAACACACGGAAGUCUUUGCAGUCUGCGAAGACCACGCUUGACGUGGGGAUGUUCCAAGGCCAGCAAGUCUCCGUCUGGGACCUUCUCUUCUCGGGAUACAUCCCCCCGAACAAGAGACAGGAACUACUAAGGCAGUACAAAGCUGGCACUAUCACUAUCCAGGACAUCAUCCAGAUCCUCACUGCUAUCGUCACUGAGACCGAGGAAAGGAACACCAGAAAUACCCAGUCCCGCAAACAACCUCCCAGUCCACCCCAAAGAGAAGCACUCUGUCCUGAUGCUGCUCAUCCAAGCCAAGAGGAAACCUGGGAAAAGACCCUGAAGAACACAGUCAUCACCUUGCCUGCAGGUGAUCAUCAAGGUCAGCAAGUUUCUGUGUGGGAUCUCCUCUUUUCCAGUUACAUCACCGAAGAAAAGAGGACAGAACUGCUGGAGUUGUAUAGGAGAGGGAUGCUACCGAUGGACCGGCUGAUAAGUAUCCUCACCACCCUUGUCGUGAAAAAAGAAUCCACAAAAAGGAAACUUGACAUCAAAGUGAGAAGCCCAGCCCAAGAGAGCGCAGCAGACAAGGAAGACGACAUUUCCUCACCCUCAGGAACAGGAAACUGGGAAACUUCCUUGCAGUCUCAUCACAUCCAGGUGCCCCUUGGGGAGUUGCAACACCAGCAGCUAUCACUGUGGGAUGCCCUGUACUCCCGGUUCAUCCCAGAUAACAAAAGAGAAGAGCUUCUGAGCGACUUCAGGAAAGGCAAGCUAACCCUAGAGAUGCUCACAGAAAUCUUUGCUUCCCUCUAUGCUGCGACCACCACCAGAAUGGCUAUAUGUCCAAGUGCCUCAGACCCCCAUCGUCCAGCCAUGGCAUCUUUUGCAGAAGAGGAGGAUGCUGCUGCAGCAGAAGAGGACGAAAGAGAAACGGCCUUGAAGACCCGUAUGGUUGAAAUACGUGUUGGUGAGUUCCGUGGUCAGAAAGUCUCCAUAUGGGAUCUGCUCCAUUCCAAGUACAUCCCUGAAGAGAAGAGGAAAGAGAUCCUGCAUCUGUACAAGACUGGCAUUCUCACCAUUGACCAGAUGAAAACCGUGGUCGCCGGCAUCGUGAACGGAACAGAGGAGGAGAAAAUGAAGGAAGCAGCUUCUCCCUCAGCUGCUCCAUCGUCAUUCUGGGAAGACCCCUUACGGAAUCACACCGUGGUCCUGCAUGUCGGUGAAUUCCAAGGCCAGGAAGCCUCCCUGUGGGAUCUCCUCUUCUCUCAGUACAUUCCUGACAGCAAAAGAGAGGAGCUCUUGAAAAAGUACCAGUCAGGACUUCUGGACAUUCCUGAUAUGAUUGCCACACUCAUUCCCAUUCUCACAGGGAGAGAGGGAAGCCACAACCAAGAUGCAGGAAGCGGUCUGGCCAGCGAGACAAAACUGUCGCAGGCAGGUGGAACUGCCCUUCCUCCUAUGCAAGAUCAGGAGCUGGAACAGGCAUUACGAAUGAUGACGACGGACGUCCCUGUGGGUGAAUUCCAAGGCUACAAGUGUUCCAUCUGGGAGCUUCUCUUCUCCAAAUAUGUGACUGUAGAGCAACGUCAAGAGCUCCUGCAGAGGUAUCGAGUUGGCGCUAUCAGUGCUGAGGAACUCGUCCAAUUAAUCAUUGCCCUGAUUGAAGAAACAGAAGAGAGGAGCAACACGUUGAAGUUCCCAGGCCUCAGGAGAGAAGUAACCGCCUCAGAGCUCUUCAACUCCCAAAUCAUUGAUCAGGACACACUGUCUGAUCUCACGCGGGGAGCCAAGUCCGUGGUGGAGAUCACAGAGAUGGAUUCGGUGAAGAGGUACCUGGAAGGCACCAGCUGCAUUGCCGGAGUGCUUGUGCCAUCCAAGAAAGACCCUUCCAAGAUGCAACAGAUGACCAUCUACGAGGCCAUGUGGAAGGGCAUUCUCAGGCCAGGCACUGCCCUCGUGCUGCUGGAGGCACAGGCCGCCACCGGUUUCAUCGUUGACCCGCUGAAGAACGAGAAGCUCUCUGUCGACGAUGCCGUCUCUGCAGGACUGGUGGGUGCCGAGCUACAAGAGAAGCUUCUCUCCGCGGAGAAGGCCGUGACCGGGUACAACGACCCCUACACAGGGAACAAAAUCUCCCUUUUCCAGGCUAUGAACAAAGGCCUCAUAGUCAAAGACCACGGCAUCCGCCUGCUGGAGGCCCAGAUUGCCACAGGGGGCAUCAUCGACCCCGUGCACAGCCACCGCCUCCCCGUGGAGAUGGCGUACAAACGGGGCUACUUUGAUGAGGAAAUGAACCAGAUCCUCUCAGACCCAACGGAUGACACCAAGGGCUUCUUCGAUCCCAACACUCAUGAAAACCUCACGUACAUGCAGCUUCGACUCAGAUGCAUCCCUGAUCCGGAUACCGGUUUGCUGAUGCUCCACUUGAUGGAAAAGGGCUCCUUGUUCUUUGCUCUAAAUGACAACACACGGAAGUCUUUGCAGUCUGCGAAGACCACGCUUGACGUGGGGAUGUUCCAGGGCCAGCAAGUCUCCGUCUGGGACCUUCUCUUCUCGGGAUACAUCCCCCCGAACAAGAGACAGGAACUACUAAGGCAGUACAAAGCUGGCACUAUCACUAUCCAGGACAUCAUCCAGAUCCUCACUGCUAUCGUCACUGAGACCGAGGAAAGGAACACCAGAAAUACCCAGUCCCGCAAACAACCUCCCAGUCCACCCCAAAGAGAAGCACUCUGUCCUGAUGCUGCUCAUCCAAGCCAAGAGGAAACCUGGGAAAAGACCCUGAAGAACACAGUCAUCACCUUGCCUGCAGGUGAUCAUCAAGGUCAGCAAGUUUCUGUGUGGGAUCUCCUCUUUUCCAGUUACAUCACCGAAGAAAAGAGGACAGAACUGCUGGAGUUGUAUAGGAGAGGGAUGCUACCGAUGGACCGGCUGAUAAGUAUCCUCACCACCCUUGUCGUGAAAAAAGAAUCCACAAAGAGGAAACUUGACAUCAAAGUGAGAAGCCCAGCCCAAGAGAGCGCAGCAGACAAGGAAGACGACAUUUCCUCACCCUCAGGAACAGAAAACUGGGAAACUUCCUUGCAAUCUCAUCACAUCCAGGUGCCCCUUGGGGAGUUGCAAUGCCAGCAGCUGUCACUGUGGGAUGCCCUUUACUCCCGGUUCAUCCCAGAUAACAAAAGAGAAGAGCUACUGAGCGACUUCAGGAAUGGCAAGCUAAACCUGGAGAAGCUUACAGAAAUCCUUGCUUCUCUCCAUGCUGAGACCACCAGCAGGGUGGCAAUAUGUCCCAGUGCCCCAGACCCCUGUCAUCCAGCCAUGGCUUCUUUUGCAGAACAGGAAGAAGAAGCGGAUUCUGAUGCCGCAGAAGAGAAUGAAAGAGAAAAGGCCUUGAAGGCCCGGACAGUUGAAAUACACGUUGGUGAGUUCCGUGGCCAAAAAGUCUCCAUAUGGGAUCUACUCCAUUCCAAGUACAUCCCUGAAGAGAAGAGGAAAGAGAUCCUGCAUCUGUACAAGACUGGCAUUCUCACCAUUGACCAGAUGGAAACCGUGGUCGCAGGCAUCGUGAACGGAACAGAGGAGGAGAAAAUGAAGGAAACAGCUUCUGACUCAGGAGACAAAGAAGAAACGAGUGCUGAUGCACCAGAAGAGGACAAAACAGAAAUGGCCUUGAAGGCCCGGAAGGUUGAGAUAAGCGUUGGUGAGUUCCGUGGUCAGACAGUCUCCAUAUGGGAUCUACUCCAUUCCAGAUACAUCCCUGAAGAGAAGAGGAAAGAGAUCCUGCAUCUGUACAAGACUGGCAUUCUCACCAUUGACCAGAUGGAAACCGUGGUUGCAGGCAUCGUGAACGGAACAGAGGAGGAGAAAAUGAAGGAAACAGCUUCUGACUCAGGAGACAAAGAAGAAACGAGUGCUGAUGCACCAGAAGAGGACAAAACAGAAAUGGCCUUGAAGGCCCGGAAGGUUGAGAUAAGCGUUGGUGAGUUCCGUGGUCAGACAGUCUCCAUAUGGGAUCUACUCCAUUCCAGAUACAUCCCUGAAGAGAAGAGGAAAGAGAUCCUGCAUCUGUACAAGACUGGCAUUCUCACCAUUGACCAGAUGGAAACUGUGGUCACCGGUAUCGUGAACAGAACAGAGGAGGAGAAAAUGAAGGAAGCAGCUUAUCCCUCAGAAGACAAAGAAGAGGGAAAGGAUGCUGAUUCACCAGAAGAGGAUGAAACAGAGAUGGCCUUGAAGGCACGGAAGGUUGAGAUAAGCAUUGGUGAGUUCCGUGGUCAGAAGGUCUCCAUAUGGGAUCUGCUCCAUUCCAAGUACAUCCCUGAAGAGAAGAGGAAAGAGAUCCUGCAUUUCUACAAGACUGGCAUUCUCACCAUUGACCAGUUGGAAACUGUGGUCACUGGCAUCGUGAACAGAACAGAGGAGGAAAAGCUGAAGGAAGCAGUUUCUGACCCAGGAGAAAAAGGAGGAAAGGAUGUUGAUGCACCAGAAGAGGACGAAACAGAAAUGGCCUUGAAGGUCCGGAAGGUUGAGAUAAGCGUUGGUGAGUUCCGUGGUCAGAAGGUCUCCAUAUGGGAUCUGCUCCAUUCCAAGUACAUCCCUGAAGAGAAGAGGAAAGAGAUCCUGCAUCUGUACAAGACUGGCAUUCUCACCAUUGACCAGAUGGAAACCGUGGUCGCAGGCAUCGUGAACAGAACAGAGGAGGAAAAGCUGAAGGAAGCAGUUUCUCACUCAGGAGACAAAGAAGAAAAGGAUGCUGAUGCACCAGAAGAGAACAAAACAGAAAUGGCCUUGAAGGCCCGGAAGGUGGAGAUAAGCGUUGGUGAGUUCCGUGGUCAGAAGGUCUCCAUAUGGGAUCUGCUCCAUUCUAAGUACAUCCCUGAAGAGAAGAGGAAAGAGAUCCUGCAUUUCUACAAGACUGGCAUUCUCACCAUUGACCAGUUGGAAACUGUGGUUACCGGCAUCGUGAACAGAACAGAGGUGGAAAAGCUGAAGGAAGCAGUUUCUGACCCAGGAGAAAAAGGAGAAAAGGAUGUUGAUGCACCAGAAGAGGACGAAACAGAAAUGGCCUUGAAGGCCCGGAAGGUUGAGAUAAGCGUUGGUGAGUUCCGUGGUCAGAAGGUCUCCAUAUGGGAUCUGCUCCAUUCCAAGUACAUCCCUGAAGAGAAGAGGAAAGAGAUCCUGCAUCUGUACAAGACUGGCAUUCUCACCAUUGACCAGAUGGAAACCGUGGUCGCAGGCAUCGUGAACAGAACAGAGGAGGAAAAGCUGAAGGAAGCAGUUUCUCACUCAGGAGACAAAGAAGAAAAGGAUGCUGAUGCACCAGAAGAGAACAAAACAGAAAUGGCCUUGAAGGCCCGGAAGGUGGAGAUAAGCGUUGGUGAGUUCCGUGGUCAGAAGGUCUCCAUAUGGGAUCUGCUCCAUUCUAAGUACAUCCCUGAAGAGAAGAGGAAAGAGAUCCUGCAUUUCUACAAGACUGGCAUUCUCACCAUUGACCAGUUGGAAACUGUGGUUACCGGCAUCGUGAACAGAACAGAGGAGGAAAAGCUGAAGGAAGCAGUUUCUGACCCAGGAGAAAAAGGAGAAAAGGAUGUUGAUGCACUAGAAGAGGACGAAACAGAAAUGGCCUUGAAGGCCCGGAAGGUUGAGAUAAGCGUUGGUGAGUUCCGUGGUCAAAAGGUCUCCAUAUGGGAUCUGCUCCAUUCCAAGUACAUCCCUGAAGAGAAGAGGAAAGAGAUCCUGCAUCUGUACAAGACUGGCAUUCUCACCACUGACCAGAUGGAAACUGUGGUCACCGGCAUCGUGAACAGAACAGAGGAGGAAAAGCUGAAGGAAGCAGUUUCUCACUCAGGAGACAAAGAAGAAAAGGAUGCUGAUGCACCAGAAGAGAACAAAACAGAAAUGGCCUUGAAGGCCCGGAAGGUUGAGAUAAGCGUUGGUGAGUUCCGUGGUCAGAAGGUCUCCAUAUGGGAUCUGCUCCAUUCUAAGUACAUCCCUGAAGAGAAGAGGAAAGAGAUCCUGCAUCUGUACAAGACUGGCAUUCUCACCAUUGACCAGAUGGAAACUGUGGUCACCGGCAUCGUGAACAGAACAGAGGAGGAGAAAAUGAAGAAAGCAGCUUCUCCCUCAGAAGACAAAGAAGAGGAAAAGGAUGCUGAUGCACCAGAAGAGAACGAAACAGAAAUGGCCUUGAAGGCACGGAAGGUUGAAAUAAGCGUUGGUGAGUUCCGUGGUCAGAAGGUCUCCAUAUGGGAUCUGCUCCAUUCCAAGUAUAUCCCUGAAGAGAAGAGGAAUGAGAUCCUGCAUUUGUACAAGAGUGGCAUUCUCACCACUGACCAGAUGGAAACUGUGGUCACCGGCAUUGUGAACAGAACAGAGGAGGAAAAGCUGAAGGAAGCAAUUUCUGACUCAGGAGACAAAGGAGAAAAGGAUGCUGAUGCACCAGAAGAGGACGAAACAGAGAUGGCCUUGAAGGCCCGGAAGGUUGAGAUAAGUGUUGGUGAGUUCCGUGGUCAGAAGGUCUCCAUAUGGGAUCUGCUCCAUUCCAAGUACAUUCCUGAAGAGAAGAGGAAAGAGAUCCUGCAUCUGUACAAGACUGGCAUUCUCACCAUUGACCAGAUGGAAACUGUGGUCACCGGCAUCGUGAACAGAACAGAGGAGGAGAAAAUGAAGGAAGCAUCCUCCAGUGUCGACUGCGAUCCAGUUGUUUCAGUGGAGGGGGAAAGUGUACAGUCCUCAUACUAUGAUCUUCUUCAGCAUACUUUACGCUUGGAGAAUAUUGAUGUGACCAUCCGUGAGAUCCAAGGCCAGAAGUCUUCUGUGUGGGACCCUUUCUUUUCACAGUUUGUCUCCAACAUCAGGAGAGAGGAAGUGGUUCACAGACAUGGGGCACCUACCGUAAGUGUUAAAGAAAGUAGGAGGAGCAUAACUACUCUGAUUACACAAACUGAAAACAGACCAUUUGCAGUGGGACACAGUGCAAAGGGAGAUGUUGUGUCCCCAGAUAUAUUCACGGCUUCUGCAUCACAACGUCAAACAGAAACAGAGAAUGCCUUGAAAUCCAGGAUGCUGAAGGGAUCUUUUGGUGAGGUUUUUGAUCAACAGGUUUCCCUUUGGGAUGCAUGCCACUGUGAACACAUCCCUGAGGAGAAAAGGCGGGACUUGUUGAAUUUGUUCAAAACUGGCAUGCUCACCAUUGACCAACUGGAAACCAUAAUCACCACCACCCUCAACAAAACAGUAGAAAAAGAGAACAGGAGGGAAGGGUCCCACCCAGACUUGCACUCAGAGCCCUGGGAAGACACAUUGCAUCAUCACUCUGUGGUCCUCCAUGCUGGGCAGUUCCAAGGCUGGGAAACUUCCUUAUGGGAUCUGCUUUUCUCUCAAUAUAUCCCAGAAAAUAAAAGGGGAGAACUUCUGAUCAGCUACAGAAAUGGCAGCUUAAGUCUUGAGGAGCUGAAAAAAAUCCUUGCCUCCCUCUUUGCUGAGACUGCGUCUGGAGUUAGUGAACAACCCAAGACCCCAGACAUACCUAGACCUCCCACGGCAUCUUUUGAGGAAGAAGAGGGAAAGGGUGCUGAUGCAGCAGAAAGGGACGAAACAGAGAUGGCCUUGAAGGCCCGGAAGACUGAGAUAAGCGUUGGUGAGUUCUGUGGUCAGAAGGUCUCCAUAUGGGAUCUACUCCAUUCCAGAUACAUCCCUGAAGAGAAGAGGAAAGAGAUCCUGCAUCUGUACAAGACCGGCAUUCUCACCAUUGACCAGAUGGAAACUGUGGUCACCGGCAUCGUGAAUGAAACAGAGGAGGAGAAUACAGAGAAAUCUGGAUUGGUCUCAAAUCAACCUCAAGAGAGAAAACAAUUCACAAAAAGUCCAAAUGUUUCUUUUGGUCACUCCCUCUCUCUGGAGAAAAUGUUACGAUCUGAGAUUGGUGUGGGUCCAGUGGGUGAUUUCCAAGGGCGGAUGGUGUCUUGUUGGGAUCUGCUGUUUUCUCGGUACAUUUCGGAAGAGAAACGACAGGAACUUCUAACCAAAUUCAAAGAGAACAUCCUCUCUGCUCAGGAACUGACAGACACUCUCACCAAUAUCAUCACAGAAGCAGAAACGCACCGUCAGGUCUCAAGGCCUUCCAGGAGUCAGCUGAGCGCACCAGACAAGAGUGACGAUUUAUAUGCACAGCAGCAGCAGCAACUGAAAAAAUCUUUGCGGACCACUCUGGUCCCUGUGUCCAGUGGGCAAUUCAAGGGGCAAAAGGUGUGUGUGCUGGACCUUCUGUUUUCCAAAUACGUCUCUCAGGACAGAAGGCAAGAACUUCUCGAGCAGUACAGGGCUGGGACUCUGCCCAUUCAAGAUAUGGUUACAGCGAUAAUCACCAUGAUCGAGGAAGCCGAACGCAAACCUGGGAAGGUGGAUGUAAAGAGGAAAAUGUCCAGCAAAAAGAGGACAGUAUCUUGGGCAGAGAAAGGUGCUGCUGACUCGCAGGGGCUUAGAUUGGUGGAGCACAAGCGGAUCUGCGGCCAGUGGGGCUUGCAGACUCUUGGGGCCAGCAGGGGGCGCUGCUCUCCUGCGCAAAAUCCCUCGCGAGCCUCCUCCUCCUCCUCCUCCCCAGGCACGACGGAGCCUCCGGAGCCCGGAGCCAGGAGGGGGCGGCAGCAGCAGGGGGAGGGGGAGGCCGUGGCCGCUUCAGGCGCGGCUGCUGCUCUUGGCCCUCCCCAGGGGAGCCGGCAAGAGGCGCGUCCCGCACUGGUCUUCGUUCCCCUUGGAGCCAGUGACCCAGCAGAGCCGCCGCCGAGCCUUCAGAGAGCCCCUCCAGCACUGACCCCUCGACGGGCUCCCACAAAGCAGUGCCGUCGAUUCUUCCGCGUGGAUCCGUGGCGGGAGCUCCUCCGCCUGCUCAGAGUCCGGGCAGCAGCGGGGCCAAGGGGGCUGGCCUGUGUGUGUCCUCGGAGAGGCUGCUCUCCCCCUCCCCCCGGGCCCUGCGCCCAGCCCCCCCACGACCCCCGAGAGAGAGAAGGGGGCGGCAGCGGCAGGAGACCGUGUGGCCGGCAGAGGGCGCUGCCUCCUCCGUCCGCUCUGCAAGAGUCUCGCUUCGGCUGCCUGAAGGAGGCGGCGGCGGUUCUCCCUCCCGGGGCUGCUGCUGCUGCUCCGGGCCCCACUGGGAGGGGCAGCGGCGGCGACAAGAAGAGGGGGGAACCCGCCUCUCGAGGAGCAGCCCUGCCCUCCGUGCCCCCGGGCGCUUCUGCUGUGCCCUCCACGAUCGCCGGGCCUGCGCUGCCCUGCCUGCCGGAGACUCCGGAGCUGCCUGCCCCUGUGGGAUCCACCCCCAGAACCCAUCCGUCCAGAGCCAUUUGUAUCUGCACCUCCACGGCCGCCAUGUCCCAGACCAAGCAGGGGACCAAAGGGGGCACCGAAGAGAUGCCGAUCGUGCAGGUCCGUGAGGAGGCGCAGUGGCCCUUCCCGUGCCCCCCAGAGCUGGGGGAGGAGCCCAUCAUCGCUGGCGUCCUGAAGGAGCCCAGCAAGGAGAAACUCAGCAUCCAGAAGGCAAUGCGGAAGGGCCUCCUGGCUCGAGGUACGGGCCUGGUUCUGCUGGAGGCCCAGGCCGUCUCUGGCUUCAUCCUGGACCCCGUCAAGAACCGAAGGCUGUCUGUGCGGGACGCCACCAACGCCGGCCUGGUUGACAGGGAGUAUUUCAACACACUCCUGGUGGCAGAGAAAGCGGUGACGGGCUACACGGACCCCUUCUCGGGGAACAAGAUAUCCCUCUUCCAGGCCAUGAAGAGAGGCCUCCUGGUGAAGGACCACGGCAUCCGCCUGCUGGAGGCACAGGUGGCUACGGGGGGCAUCAUCCACCCCAUGCACAGCCACCGCCUCCCCGUGGAGCUGGCCUACAAGUGGGGCUACUUGGAUGGAGACAUUUGCCACCUGAUCGCAGACCCUGCCAAGCACACCAAGAGGUGCUUCGACCCCAUCGCCCGGGAGAACCUCACCUAUGUGCAGCUUCUCCACAGAUGCGUCCCUGACCCAGAGACGGGGCUGCUCAUGGUUCCAAUUAUGGACAAGGGCUCCAUCGUCUCCAAGCUAGACAAGAGCACUCAGAAGUCCCUGCAGGCUGCCACCACCAAAGUCCACGUGGGCCUUUUCCAGGGCCAAGAGGUCUCCGUCUGGGACCUCCUCUUCUCCAGGUAUGUCCCUCUGCCAAAGAAGCAGGAGCUGCUGAAGCAGUACAAGGCUGGUUCCAUCACCCUUCAAGACAUCAUCAGUGUCCUCGACUGCAUCAUCAGUGAGGCAGAAGCUCACAGUGAGGCAGAAGCUCCCAGAAGAGGCUCCUUCCGUGGAAAAGAGGAAGGGCCCAGCCAAGAAAUGGAGCUCAGAAGUGCCUCAGAGCAGGAAGGACUAGAGAAGCCCCUGAAGUCGAGGAUGGUCACGGUUUCAGCUGGCGAAUUCCGUGGGCGGAAGGUCUCCGUGUGGGAUCUGCUCCAUUCCAAGUAUAUCCCCGAAGAGAAGCAGAAGGAACUUCUGAAGCUGUACAAGUCUGGCGUACUCAACACCGACCAAAUGGACGUGGUGGUCACGGCCAUUGUCACCAAGAUCGAGGAGGUCAGAGCCAAGGAGCUGGGUCAUGUUGCUGGCGCAGGCCGGGAGAUGGAGACCAUCGAUGAAGCUGACAUUUUUGACCCCCAAGAGGAAGACCUGAAGACAACUCUGCAAUCGAUCGGUAUCCCUGUCACCCUUGGUGAGUUCAAAGGGCAAAAUGUCCCUCUGCUGGACAUCAUCUCAUCCAGAUAUUUCCCUCAGGACAAGAGGGAGGAGCUGCUUCGUCUGUUCCGGACAGGGACGUUUAGCAUGGAACAGAUGACCAGGACUGUUGGUGGCAUCCUGGAGAAAUUGGAAGCCAGUAGAAAGAGGCUGAUUGUGAAAGUGAUCGGCCAGAGCCAAGGGGCCCCUGGGGGCAGGGAGGGUCCGGUGGCAGCAGAUGCUCCAGCUAGCAAACAUCUGGAUGAUGUGCUGAAGUCCAAAAUGGUGACGUUGCCUGCUGGAGAGCUCAAGGGCCAGCAGGUGUCCUUGUGGGACCUCCUCUUCUCUCACUACGUCGCCCGGGACAAGAGGGAGGAGCUUCUGAAGAAGUACAGAGAUGGCAUGUUCAGUGCUGAUGAGCUCUCCUUGGUCCUCAUUAUCCUGGCUUCGCUGCAUGAAUUCUUUGACUCUCUGGAGUGCACAACGCCCAGGACAAGUAGGAACACCAGAGUACCAGCUGAGCCUGCUCCUGCCGCAGCAACGUUUGAGGAGGAUGAGGAUGAGGAGAAUGACGACGAUGAUGAUGACGAUGAUAAGGAAGACCAAGACAAGGACAAGGCCUUGAAGUCCAGGAUGGUUUCAGUUUCAGUCAGUGAGUUCCGGGGGCGGAAGGUCUCCUUGUGGGAUCUGCUUCACUCCAAGUAUGUGCCUGAGAAGAAAAGGAAGGAGAUCUUGAAGCUGUACAGAAUUGGGAUUCUCUCAACUGACCAAAUGGAAACAGUGAUCACCGCGAUUGUCACCAGAGUAGCUGAGAAAAUGGCUGCCACGGGCAGGCACGUGAGCGCCUCUAGCCCUGACAUCAGGAGUGGGGGCAGCCGCCCUGCUCACGAGAAGCCCCGGGGGAAGACGGUGGACAUCCUAACCAUUGACUUCCCGGUUGGGGAGUUCCAGGGCCGGAGGGUCUCCAUGUGGGACCUCCUCUUCUCUAGGUAUGUCUCUGAAGCCAAACGGCAGGAGCUUCUCGCCAGGUACAUCACAGGGACCCUCAGCAGCCAGGAGAUCCUGGCCAUUCUCACCACCCUCAUCAUGGAGACUCACAAGCUGAGGCGCACCUCAAGUUUGCACCAUCCCUUGACCACAUGGCUCCCAGAAGCCCUCGGACUCUCCCAGGCCCAGGGGGCCUCCUUGCCUGAUCUCCACUGCCCCCUGCUUCCAGAAGAGCACAGAGCCCCCGGGAUGGUGACUGUCAGCGAGAUCACGGUGACCACCACAGUCAUCAGUGGGCCGGAGCAAAAGCAGGGCUAG